CCUUGGGAAAGCGGCCUGGGAGGUUUGCAUGGAGUUUGCAGCCUCAGCCUCUCUUCCCUUGCAGAGGAGCAGCACAGUCCUUGCCUCAAGAGAGAAACUAGAAGCAAAGCAAAGAGACCUUUUGAGUCCUGGUGAGAGCAGAGAUGGAGAAGAGAGUGAAGAUGGAAGAGCAGAACUUUGCUGGCCCUAAAGCAGGAAACGUCUCCUUCAACACCCAGGGAGGGAGCAGUGCAGAGCCCUGGGAAAGAAGACUGCAGGGGAACCAGCCUGGGAGCAACACCUGCUCAGAUGUGGAGCGACAGCAUUUCAGGGACUUCUGCUACAAGGACACUCAUGAGCCCCGAGAGGUUUGCAGCCAACUCCACCACCUUUGCCGUCAGUGGCUGAAGCCAGAAAGGAACACGAAAGCUCAGAUGCUGGACCUGGUGGUUUUGGAGCAGUUCCUGGCUGUCUUGCCCCCGGAGAUGGAGAGCUGGGUCAGAGAAUGUGGAGCGGAGACCAGUUCCCAGGCGGUGGCCGUGGCAGAAGGCUUCCUCUUGAGCCAGGCAGAGGACAAAGAGCAGCUGCAGGGGAAGUUGGGCAAGGCGCCCACAGAUUUCCCUGAGGCAGAGGAGGCUCCGCUGGACAGAGGGACCUUGGAAGAGGGUGACGGAGGACCCUCCUCACUGGGGAGCGGAAAGACCCACAGAGAGAGUGAAGUGAUCCUGGGGGAUCCGUCUAGGCCUCCUUCGCUUUGUGCUGGAGUGGAAGCGGUUUCUGCACAGCCUGGGCAGGGUCUGGUGACCUUUGAGGAGGUGGCCGUGCAUUUCUCGGAGGAGGAGUGGUCUCUGCUGGAUCCAGGCCAAAGGACUCUGCACACGGAAGUCAUGGAGGAUAAUCAUGGGAUCCUGGCCUCUCUGGGUGAUUGCGGGGAGAGCAAGGAGAAUGGAACAGAAAUUGAAGAGAACUGGAGAAUCAACUCUAUUUUUUUGGAAGGGUUAGAAUUCCGAGGCAUUCCAAAGAUAGAAGAACGAUUUCACAGGGAAGAAAAAAGAUUUCAGUGCUUGGAGGGUGAGAAGCAAUUCAGUUGCAACUCAGAAGUUAAGCGACAUCAAAGAAUUCAUACAGGGGAGAAGCCCUAUGAAUGCCUAGAGUGCGGAAAGAGCUUCAGUCAGAGCAGCAACCUUAAUAAACAUCAAAGCACUCACACAGGGGAGAAGCCCUAUGAAUGCCUGGAGUGCGGAAAGAGCUUCAGUCAGAGCAUCCACCUUAAUAGACAUCAAAGAAUUCAUACAGGGGAGAAGCCCUAUGAAUGCCUAGAGUGUGGAAAGAUAUUCUGUCACAGCAGCUCCUUUAAUAAACAUCAAAGAAUUCACAGAGGGGAGAAACCCUAUGAAUGCCUGGAGUGUGGGAAGAGCUUCAGUCAGAGCAGCAACCUUAAUCAACAUCACAGACAUCACACGGGAGAGAAGCCCUAUGAAUGCCUGGAGUGCGGAAAGAGCUUCAGUCAGAGCAUCCACCUUAAUAGACAUCAAAGAAUUCACACAGGGGAGAAGCCGAACGAAUGCCUAGAGUGCGGAAAGAGCUUCAGUCAGAGCAUCUACCUUAAUAGACAUCAAAGAAUUCACACAGGGGAGAAGCCGUAUGAAUGCCUGGAGUGCGGAAAGAGUUUCAGUCAGAGCAGCAACCUUAAUGCACAUCAACGAAUUCACACAGGGGAGAAGCCCUAUGAAUGCCUAGAGUGCGAAAAGACUUUCAGUCAGAGCAGAUCCCUUAAUAACCAUCAAAGAAUUCACACAGAGGAGAAGCCCUAUGAAUGCCUGGAGUGCAGAAAGAGCUUCAAUUGCAGAAGCCACCUUAAUCAACAUCAAAGCACUCACACAGGCAAGAAGCCCUAUAAAUGCCUGGAGUGUGGUAAGAGCUUCAGUCAGAGCAGUAACCUGAAUCAACAUCAAAGAAUUCACACAGGGGAGAAGCCCUAUGAAUGCCUGGAGUGCAGAAAGAGCUUCAGUUGGAGAAGGCAACUUAAUCAACAUCAAAGCACUCACACAGGCAAGAAGCCCUAUAAAUGCCUGGAGUGCGGAAAGAGCUUCAGUCAGAGCAGUAACCUGAAUCAACAUCGAAGAAAUCAUACAGGGGAGAAGCCCUAUGAAUGCCUGCAGUGCGGAAAGAGGUUCAAUAGUAUCAGUCAUCUUAAGUCGCAUCGAACAAUUCACACAGGGGAGACACCCUAUAAAUGCCUGGAGUGCGGAAAGAGCUUCAGUCAGAGCAGCCACCUUAAUAGACAUCAAAGAAUUCACACGGGGGAGAAGCCGUAUGAAUGCCUGGAAUGCGGAAAGAGCUUCAAUCAGAGCAGCAUUCUUAAUCAUCAUAAAAGAAUUCACACAGAGGAGAAGCCCUAUGAAUGCUUGGAGUGCGGAAAGACGUUCAGUCAGACCAGCACCCUUAAUAACCAUCAAAGAAUUCACACAGAGAAGAAGCCCUAUGAAUGCCUGGUGUGCGGAAAGAGCUUCAGUUGGAGAAGCCACCUUAAUCAACAUCAAAGCACUCACACAGGGGAGAAGCCCUAUGAAUGCCUGGAGUGCGGAAAGAGGUUCAGUCAGAGCAGCAACCUUAAUCAUCAUCAAAGAAUUCACACAGGGGAGAAGCCCUAUGAAUGCCUGGAGUGUGGAAAGAGGUUCAGUCGGAGUGGUCAUCUUAAGUCGCAUCGAAUAAUUCACACAGGAGAGAAACCCUAUGAAUGCCUGGAGUGUGGAAAGAGGUUCAGUCACAGCAGCAACCUUAUUAAACAUUAAAUAAUUCACACAGGGGAGAAGCCCUAUGAAUGCCUGGAGUGUGGAAAGAGGUUCAG